UGAGCCCCGCAGCCGCAGCCGCAGCCGGGGGAGGAGCAGCCGCCUGGGCCGGGUCGGGCCGGGUCGGAGCCCGCCGUCUCCGCCGCCGCCGAGAAAAUCAGAGCAAUACUGCAACGCGAGAUGUGCAUAUUAAGCCUUCAUUUUGAUAGUAAUUGAAGAACUUUCCUUUUGACCUAAAAGAUGGAUGUGAGGUCUCAGCACAAAAUGAACAUAAUUAGGGAAAAUAAAGACUUGGCUUGUUUCUACACAACAAAACAUUCAUGGAGGGGAAAGUAUAAACGGGUCUUUUCAGUUGGAAGUCAUGCUAUCACUACAUAUAAUCCCAACACACUAGAAGUGACAAAUCAGUGGCCUUAUGGAGAUAUUUGUAGCAUCAGCCCUGUUGGAAAAGGACAGGGCACAGAGUUCAAUCUCACAUUUCGUAAAGGCAGUGGAAAGAAGUCUGAAACUUUAAAGUUCUCCACAGAGCACAGAACGGAACUUCUUACAGAAGCACUGAGGUUCAGGACUGACUUUUCAGAAGGAAAGAUUACAGGCCGGAGAUAUAACUGCUAUAAGCAUCACUGGAGUGAUACAAGGAAACCUGUUAUUUUGGAAGUAACUCCUGGAGGUUUUGACCAAAUCAAUCCUGCCACCAACAGAGUACUCUGUUCCUAUGACUAUAGAAAUAUUGAGGGCUUUGCAGACCUCUCUGAUUACCAGGGCGGGUUCUGUAUACUCUAUGGAGGAUUCAGUAGAUUGCAUCUAUUUGCAUCUGAGCAAAGAGAAGAAAUAAUCAAGAGUGCAAUAGAGCAUGCCGGCAACUAUAUAGGUAUUUCGCUGCGGAUCAGGAAAGAACCGUUAGAAUUUGAGCAAUAUCUGAGCCUUCGCUUUGGGAAGUACAGCAAUGAUGAAUCCAUUACGUCUUUAGCGGAGUUCGUUGUUCAGAAGAUAUCACCUAGACAUUCGGAGCCGGUGAAAAGAGUUCUGGCACUUACAGAAACUUGUUUAGUUGAAAGAGAUCCAGCUACCUACAAUAUUGCAACGCUGAAGCCUUUAGGAGAGGUAUUUGCAUUGGUUUGUGACUUUGAUAAUCCACAGCUUUUCACUAUUGAAUUUAUAAAGGGGCAAAUACGGAAAUAUUCUUCAACAGAAAGAGAUUCCCUGUUAGCCAGCUUGCUGGAUGGAGUAAGAGCCUCUGGUAAUAGAGAUGUUUGCGUAAAGAUGACAUCUACACAUAAAGGUCAACGGUGGGGAUUACUCAGCAUGCCUGUUGACGAGGAGGUAGAAAGUCUCCAUCUGAGGUUCUUAGCUGCACCCCCAAAUGGAAACUUUGCAGAUGCCGUUUUCAGGUUCAACGCUAACAUCUCAUACAGUGGAGUUCUGCAUGCUGUGACGCAAGACGGUCUUUUCUCAGAGAACAAGGAGAAACUGAUCAAUAAUGCCAUCACGGCAUUACUGUCACAAGAGGGGGAUGUUGCAGCAUCUAAUGCAGAACUUGAGAGCCAGUUCCAAGCCGUGAGGCGUCUCGUUGCCUCCAAAGCUGGUUUCCUAGCCUUUACUCAACUUCCAAAGUUUCGGGAACGUUUAGGAGUAAAGGUGGUGAAAGCUCUCAAGAGAAAUAAUGAUGGAGUAACCCACGCAUCUAUUGAUAUGCUUUGCGCCCUCAUGUGUCCUAUGCAUGAUGAUUAUGACUUGAGGCAAGAACAGCUGAAUAAAGCAUCUCUUCUUUCUUCAAAGAAGUUUCUGGAAAACUUAUUAGAGAAAUUUAAUUCCCAUGUGGAUCAUGGGACAGGCGCCCUAGUAAUUAGUUCACUUUUGGACUUCCUUACCUUUGCCCUCUGCGCUCCGUAUAGUGAGACGACUGAAGGGCAGCAGUUUGAUAUGCUCUUAGAGAUGGUGGCCUCCAAUGGAAGAACCCUCUUUAAGCUCUUUCAGCACCCUUCAAUGGCAAUUAUUAAGGGAGCUGGUUUGGUUAUGAAGGCCAUAAUAGAGGAAGGUGAUAAAGAAAUCGCCACGAAAAUGCAAGACCUUGCCCUAAGUGAAGGUGCCUUACCUAGGCACCUGCAUACGGCGAUGUUUACAAUAAGCUCAGAUCAGCGGAUGCUCACGAAUAGACAGCUAAGUAGACAUUUAGUCGGCCUCUGGACAGCUGAAAAUGCAACUGCUUCAAAUUUAUUGAAACGUAUAUUGCCACCAGGUUUGCUGGCAUACCUGGACAGCACUGACCCAGUUCCUGAGAAGGAUGCUGACCGAAUGCAUGUUAGAGAUAAUGUGAAAAUAGCAACUGAUCAGUAUGGCAAGUUUAAUAAAGUUCCAGAGUGGCAGAGACUGGCUGGAAAAGCCGCUAAAGAAGUUGAAAAGUUUGCCAAAGAAAAAGUGGAUCUCGUGUUAAUGCACUGGAGAGAUAGAAUGGGUAUUGCUCAAAAAGAGGACAGAAACAAUAUGAAUCUUAAUCAAAAGCCAGUCAUACUUAGGAAGAGAAGACAACGAAUUAAAAUAGAAGCAAACUGGGAUCUCUUCUAUUACAGGUUUCUUCAAGAUCAUGCUAGAUCAAACUUGAUUUGGAAUUUCAAAACACGAGAAGAACUGCGAGAUACACUUGAAUCUGAAAUGAGAGCAUUUAACAUUGACAGAGAACUUGGCAGUGCAAAUGUGAUCUCAUGGAACCACCAUGAGUUUGAGGUGAAGUACGAUUGCCUAGCAGAGGAAAUAAAAAUCGGAGAUUAUUACCUGAGACUGCUGUUGGAAGAGGAUGAAAACGAAGGUAGUGGAGGGAUCAAAAAAUCGUAUGAAUUUUUCAAUGAGCUCUACCAUCGCUUUCUGCUGACCCCCAAAAUCAACAUGAAGUGUUUAUGUUUACAAGCCUUGGCCAUUGUGUAUGGGAGAUGUCAUGAAGAAAUAGGACCAUUUGGGGACACUAGAUAUAUUGUUGGAAUGUUAGAAAGGUGUACCGACAGACUUGAAAGAGACCGGUUGAUCCUCUUCCUUAACAAGCUCAUCCUUAAUAAGAAAAAUGUCAAAGACCUCAUGGAUUCAAAUGGAGUCAAAAUCCUUGUGGAUCUGCUUACUCUGGCCCAUCUACAUACAAGCCGAGCAACUGUACCACUGCAGAGCAACGUGAUUGAAGCAGCCCCUGAUAUGAAGAGGGAAAGUGAGAAAGAAUGGUACUUCGGCAACGCAGACAAAGAAAGAAGUGGUCCCUAUGGAUUUCACGAGAUGCAAGAAUUGUGGACCAAAGGGGUGCUGAUUCCCAAAACACGAUGCUGGGCCCAGGGCAUGGAUGGGUGGCGACCCCUGCAAGUUAUCCCCCAGCUUAAAUGGUGUUUGCUAGCCACCGGACAAGCUGUGCUGAAUGAGACUGAUCUAGCUACACUUAUACUUAACAUGCUCAUUACAAUGUGUGGAUAUUUUCCAAGCAGGGACCAAGAUAAUGCCAUAAUCAGGCCCUUGCCCAGAGUGAAAAGGCUUCUUUCGGACAGCACUUGCCUUCCCCACAUCAUUCAGCUGCUGCUGACUUUUGACCCUAUUCUUGUUGAGAAAGUUGCCAUUUUGCUUUAUCACAUCAUGCAAGAUAAUCCACAGUUACCUCGUUUUUAUCUGAGCGGAGUGUUUUUUUUUAUCAUGAUGUAUACUGGUUCCAACGUUCUUCCUAUUGCAAGGUUUUUGAAGUAUACACAUACCAAGCAAGCUUUCAAAUCUGAAGAGACAAAAGGACAAGAUAUCUUUCAAAGAAGUAUACUGGGACACAUUCUUCCUGAAGCAAUGGUUUGUUAUUUGGAAAAUUAUGAACCUGAUAAAUUUUCUGAGAUUUUUCUAGGAGAAUUUGACACUCCAGAAGCAAUCUGGAGUAGUGAGAUGAGACGUCUCAUGAUAGAGAAGAUUGCUGCACAUCUGGCUGACUUCACUCCCCGCCUUCAGAGCAACACAAGAGCACUUUAUCAGUACUGUCCCAUCCCAGUGAUCAACUAUCCACAACUGGAGAAUGAAUUGUUCUGUAACAUUUAUUAUCUCAAACAUCUCUGUGACACACUCCGAUUUCCCGACUGGCCAAUUAAAGAUCCUGUGAAAUUGUUGAAGGAUACUCUGGAUGCUUGGAAGAAGGAAGUAGAAAAGAAACCUCCAACGAUGUCGAUAGAUGAUGCUUACGAAGUCCUUAACCUCCCGAAAGGACAGGGACAGCAUGAUGAGAGCAAAAUUAGAAAAGCCUACUUCAGACUGGCACAGAAGUAUCACCCUGACAAGAACCCCGAAGGGAGGGAUAUGUUUGAGAAAGUGAACAAAGCAUAUGAAUUCUUGUGCACCAAAUCAGCAAAAAUAGUGGAUGGUCCAGACCCAGAGAAUAUAAUUCUAAUUCUGAAAGCUCAGAGCAUUCUGUUCAACCGACAUAAAGAAGACUUACAACCGUACAAGUACGCGGGAUACCCCAUGCUAAUCAGGACCAUUACCAUGGAAACGUCAGACGACCUGCUUUUUUCUAAAGAAUCGCCUCUGCUACCCGCUGCUGCCGAGCUGGCUUUCCAUACUGUCAACUGUUCGGCUCUCAAUGCCGAAGAACUUCGGAGGGAGAACGGAAUAGAGGUGCUGCAGGAAGCAUUCAGUCGCUGUGUGGCAGUCUUGAAUCGUUCAAGUAAGCCAAGUGAUAUGUCAGUCCAGGUGUGUGGGCAUAUCAGUAAGUGCUAUAGUGUGGCAGCACAAUUUGAAGAAUGCAGAGAGAAGAUCACGGAAAUGCCCAGUAUCAUCAAAGAUCUCUGUCGGGUGAUGUAUUAUGGCAAGAGUAUCCCACUGGUGGCCUCUCUCGGCGUGGAAUGUGUCAGCUCAUUUGCUGUGGAUUUCUGGCUACAGACCCACUUAUUUCAAGCUGGAAUUUUAUGGCAUUUACUUGGUUAUCUUUUUAACUAUGACUACACACUAGAAGAGAGUGGCAUUCAAAAGAGCAAAGAGACUAAUCAGCAGGAAGUAGCCAAUAGUCUUGCCAAACUCAGUCUUCUUGCCCUGAGCCGUCUUGGAGGAUAUUUACCUGAUGAUCAAACUACUCCGGAAAAUCCAACGAUAAAGAAAAGUUUGGCUGGUAUGCUGACACCCUACGUUGCUAGAAAACUUGCCGUUGUUGACCCUACUGAGAUUCUGAAGAUGCUCAACAGCAACACAGAGUCCCCUUAUUUGAUAUGGAAUAAUGGAACGAGAGCAGAACUACUGGAAUUUCUUGAAUCGCAACAAGAAAGUAUGAUUAAAAAAGGUGAUUGUGACAAAAGUUAUGGAUCAGAAUUUGUCUACAGUGACCAUGCUAAGGAACUCAUUGUGGGAGAGAUUUUUGUUAGGGUGUACAAUGAAGUGCCCACCUUCCAGCUGGAGCUUCCCAAAGCAUUUGCCGCAAGCCUUUUGGAUUACAUAGGCUCCCAAGCGCAGUAUCUCCACACGUUCAUGGCUAUAACCCAUUCUGCCAAAGUGGAGUCGGACCAGCACGGAGAUCGGCUGCCGAGGGUUGAAAUGUCUUUGGAGGCUCUGAGAAAUGUCAUAAAACACAACCCAGGGUCUGAGAGCGAAUGCAUCGGUCACUUUAAGUUGAUAUUCUCUCUUCUCCGUGUCCAUGGAGCUGGUCAAGUACAACAGUUGGCUUUAGAGGUCGUGAACAUAGUGACAUCCAAUCAAGAAUGUGUCAAUAAUAUUGCAGAAUCAAUGGUUUUGUCCAAUUUAUUGGCCCUUCUACAUUCAUUACCAUCCAGCCGUCAGCUGGUUCUUGAAACUCUAUAUGCCUUGACGUCAAGUACGAAAAUAAUCAAAGAGGCCAUGGCAAAAGGUGCUUUAAUUUAUUUGCUGGAUAUGUUCUGCAAUUCGACUCAUCCACAAGUCCGAGCCCAAACAGCAGAGCUCUUUGCCAAGAUGACUACAGACAAGCUAAUAGGUCCCAAGGUUAGAAUUACACUAAUGAAGUUUCUCCCUGGAGUUUUCAUGGAUGCCAUGAGAGACAAUCCUGAAGCUGCUGUGCAUAUUUUUGAAGGAACUCAUGAAAACCCAGAGUUAAUUUGGAAUGAUAACUCUAGAGACAAAGUAUCAACAACAGUUCGGGAGAUGAUGUUAGAGCAUUUUAAAAAUCAAAGAGACAACCCUGAUAUAAACUGGAAGCUGCCCGAAGACUUUACAGUGGUAUAUGGGGAAGCAGAGGGGGAACUUGCCGUAGGAGGAGUUUUCUUGAGGAUCUUCAUUGCCCAGCCAGCCUGGGUUCUUCGGAAACCCAGAGAAUUUCUCAUUGCACUAUUAGAAAAAUUCACUGAACUACUGGAGAAGAAUAAUCCUCAUGGAGAAACCUUGGAAACUCUGACCAUGGCCACGGUUUGCCUCUUCACCGCUCAGCCUCAGUUAGCAGACCAAGUGCCACCCCUGGGCCACCUCCCUAAAGUCAUCCAGGCCCUGAACCACAAGAACAAUGCCAUUCCUAAAAGUGCCAUCCGAGUCAUACACUCGUUGUCCGAUAAUGAGCUGUGUGUUCGAGCCAUGGCAUCUCUCGAGACCAUUGGCCCGCUGAUGAACGGAAUGAAAAAACGAACGGAUACAGUUGGCCUGGCUUGCGAAGCGAUUAAUCGAAUGUUUCAAAAGGAGCAGAGCGAUUUAGUAGCCCAGGCUCUGAAAGCAGAUUUGGUUCCGUAUCUCUUAAAACUUCUAGAAGGCAUUGGUCUAGAGGCUCUGGAAAGCCCAGCAGCGACAAAGGCACAAAUUGUUAAAGCGCUGAAGUCUAUGACUCGGAGCCUACAGUACGGCGAGCAGGUAAAUGAAAUCUUGUCUCGUUCUUCAAUCUGGAGUGCCUUCAAAGAUCAGAAACAUGACCUGUUCAUUUCUGAGACCCAAACAGCAGGAUACCUCACAGGCCCCGGAGUGGCUGGCUACCUGACUGCAGGGACCUCCUCGUCGCUCAUGCCCAGCGUGCCCCCUCCAGUAGAUCACGAAGCGGGAGAACUUGGCUAACCGACCUGCAGCUGAGGGACGGGGGUGCAGAAAGGCCAGCGAUGAGUACCACAUUCCUCCAUCUAAUACGUCGACACCAACUCUCCUGCCUGCCUUUCUGCUCGUUUCAUGACAGUGUUAUUCCUUUUCUAUAAAUAUAUUUUUAUUUAGGAAAAAAGUUGGUGAUUCUAACCGCAUCAAGUCGCAACCUAAGAAAGCACUCUGUGGAUCAACCUAAAUGGGUACACAAGAAUAUCUUUCUUUUCUUGCUGUACGUAAGCACAUUUUGUUCCUUUGUAUCUGUUUACAAGACUGUGAAUCAAGACGAAGCUUUUUUCCUAGUUUUUAUAUUGGUUUUUUUUUUGAAUGAGCGUGACUGUGGAAUUGACCUGCAGUCCGGUGGGAUUGGGUAAAAUCACUCGAGGCCCCUGCGAGGGCCCGUCCUUGCUCCACUCUGGGUCUGGCCUGAUUAUCCCCGCCACCCCCCACCCGCCCCCGCCCUCCCGAAACGUGAAGUUCGGUCCCCACCCCGGUUCACUCGUGUCCUUACUCGUUAACGUUACCUUCCUCGAGUCUCAUGGUAGACAUGUGUAUGUAUAACUGGCUUUACCAAAUUCAUAAGAGAGGCGCUGCUGCAAAAAGAAAAAAAAAAGAAAACAAUGUCGACAUGUUAUGUAAGAGAUUAGUGUAAUUGUGAAAUGUUCUAUACAUUAUCCAGUAUAUAAAGCUUUCUAUAUUGAAUGUACAUUAUACAGAUCAUUCAUAUGUGUACAUAAAAUUUUAAAAAAUAAAGGGAAUCGACUGCCUUGUUAAUGAGA